AUGGCUUCUCCACAAUGGCGCCCUGGCAAACGAGUGGCAAUCGUGGGAGGAGGUCCUGGAUCGAUCUCGGCUGGACUUGCUUUCAUUCAACGUGGCUUUGACGUGCGCAUCUACGAGCGACAGGCGGAAUGUAAAGCCAUAGGGGGUGCUGUUCUCUUGUCCACUCCUGUCUUGUCGAUUCUUCGGUCUUACGGUUUGAGUCUGGACAACGUUGGCUCAUUCACAACUACAUAUUUUAAGAACAAGGCCGGGGACGAGCGUGUCAAACUACCAUUCAAUCCCCUUGUUGAAAAGCGCAUGGGCAUCAAGGGAUGGCAUUAUGGAGUCCUCCGCUCUUCCAUUUUCAAAAAGAUUCUCGACCUUGUUCCCGAGGGUGUGAUUUACGCCGGUCAUGAGUUUACAUCUUACACCGAGACGGAAGAUGGCGUCGAACUUCAUUUCCAAAACGGAAACCAAAUUACCGCUGAUAUUGUUGUCGGUGCAGAUGGUAUUCGCUCAAAGGUUUCCCAACAGGCCUUUGGUGAUCCUCACCUAUUUCACACCGGCAUUCGCCUCUGGCUCGCCUGGUGCGACCACAUUCCCGACAUUCCUCCCAACUAUGGAUACGUCUCGCAUGACUGGCAGCACCAAGCCAGCUUCUUCCCAAUGAUUCAUGAUGGCAAGCCCGGAUUUGAGUGGUGGGUUGUCGAGCCGUCUUGGGAGGGGAAACCUGUCCCAAAGGAUCCUAAGGCACAUCUCUCCGAAAUCCUCAAAGACUGGGCACAGCCGAUACCUCGCUUUUUGGAUGUCACCGAUUUCAAUACCCAGGUUUAUCGUUGGGAAAUCUACAAUCGACCUUCAAUGAAAAAGUGGUCCAAGGGACGAGUGGUUUGCGUCGGUGACUCCGUGCACCCCGUAUCGCCUUAUGCUGCUUACGGUAUGGGUAUGGCCAUUGAAGACGGAUUUUACCUCGCCAGAGCGUUGGAUGGCGUCGAUCUGCGUGACUCACAAGCAUUCAAAGCCGGAUGUGAAAUCUAUGAGAAACAGCGUAUUGACUAUGUUAAUCACAACAUGGAAUUUGCUCGCAAACUUAGUACAUUGUUUCAUUGGAUACCUCGACCUCUCGCCAACAUUCGUGAUUUCAUCUUCGACCAUACCCCAUUGCUCCGCAAGUAUCUUGGGGAUGGCUACCUAAAGAAGGCUGAGGAAGAAACCUUAGGUUUGAAGGAGCUUCAAGUCUGUUCUUAG